AUGGGUCUGACAUUCUCAAAGCUGUUCGAUCGACUAUGGGGAAAGAAAGAGAUGAGAAUUCUGAUGGUUGGUCUUGACGCUGCCGGAAAGACCACUAUCCUGUAUAAGCUCAAGCUUGGUGAGAUUGUCACCACGAUUCCCACCAUCGGCUUCAACGUCGAGACUGUCGAGUACAAGAACAUCCAAUUCACAGUGUGGGACGUCGGUGGGCAAGAUAAGAUUCGGCCUCUGUGGAGGCAUUACUUCCAGAACACCCAAGGCAUUAUCUUCGUGGUCGACUCUAACGACAGAGAUCGUAUCGUUGAGGCACGUGAGGAGCUUCAGCGCAUGCUCAACGAGGACGAGUUGCGCGACGCCUUGCUUCUUGUCUUUGCCAACAAGCAGGAUCUUCCAAACGCCAUGAACGCUGCCGAGAUCACCGACAAGCUGGGUCUGCACAGUCUGCGACAACGAGCCUGGUACAUCCAGUCCACCUGCGCCACAUCGGGUGAUGGUCUCUAUGAAGGACUCGAAUGGUUGAGCAACUCUCUCCGCAAGGCCGGUCACUCCUAG